AUGCAUCAGUUAAUUGUUGCGUCUGGAGCAAGUUGCAGCGUCCAUAUUGGGGUAUGGAAUAUGGAUAGUCUUGACGUUGGUAAUUGGUAAUAUUCUAAGUAAACCUGAAUGUCCAUGAUGAGAAAUCUCAGAAUAUUGCUUCCCUUCCAGUUACCAUGCGCUCGUAGUAGCAUCCAAGCGACAUUUAAUUUGGCCUCACUUGUUAUCCUACAUUAAUAUAUAUGCCUUUUAGAAUACGAGGUCAAAAGCAUACAUCGUUGGUUAUAUUUAUGAGGACUUCUUAUGAUGGUCUUGCAGAGAUCCAAAAACUGGGGGAGAUUGGAAAGAUCAGCAGCAACCCCACAGAUCCUCCUCAGACAGAUCCAGAAGUUUCCUCAAGCCCGUUCGCUCGGUUUGAAGCAGCAACCGUUGCAAUGUUAUCCGAAAAUGUAAAACAUCUAGAAAGCAGGCUGAAGGAGGCAUUGGCAAUGCUGUGUGCAAAGGAGGCCAGGGUCGCUGAACUAGAAGACACCUUGCAGCGCCGCAGGUCAAACAGUCAACCAACAAGUACGGACGAGAUGGAGCUCGAGGCUAUAUUCAAGCAGAAGCUGGAGGCUGAGGUUCAAUGUUUGGCAUUAACAAAGACACUACAGCAUUCUACACCUGGAGAAAUGGAAGCCCUAAUUGGGGAGCAAGAGCAAAUGGUGCAGAAAUUCAAACAAGUUGAGAGUAACGCUGAGGCGGUGAAGAGAGGCGUGGAGGUUUUGGCUGCGGAGAAGGAGGGGAAGGAGAUUCGUCAAGGGUUGCGCAAGGCUGCUUCUUGCCUCUUCAUCCAGUUGCUGCUGCUGAUCUUGGUGGUUUGGUUCGUUGUUUCGCAGCUGUCUCCUCAUUCUGGGGCUUUUGUACCCACAUGAAGUGGUGCCUUCAAGAACACUAGGGGUGGCCAGGAUCAGGUCGGAUUUGGUAUAGGUCCGGGGUUAUAAAUAGAGGGAAAACAAGGACCAGAACCAGUUGCAAAGCACGUUAGAUCUGAUUCCGUACGGCCUGUUCUUUCCUUCAUUGUUAGAGAGAAUUUGUGGAAUCAACACAGGGAUUGACAUCAGAUCGGAUUAUACUUCAAGCCGAUUUGUUCAAUUCAGUCCGGCGUUCAACUCUCUAAAAAUAGGCCUGGUUUUCUUCUUUUCCUCUCUUCUAUGUGUAAUUCCCAGCAGCAGCAGCAUUUCCUUUGUUAGUAGGCAGGAUGGAUGUGAAUGGUUAUAGUUUCAGUGUCUACUUAUUUUGUUAUAUUUUCCUGAUGGGGAUGGGGGAAGAGCUUGGGGCAGAGGGUCUUUGUGAUGGGAGUUUUGUAACAAAGAAGCUACUACUGGAGAUUAUUCUCUGUGUGGCAACUGUUGUAUCUUCUUUACAGGAGAGUAAAGAGUUAAAUGCCCU